AUGGCGGAGUGCGGGCGGAAGGCGCUGUCCCUGCUGGAGGCGGCCCGCUCCCGGUACGAGAGCCUGCAGAUCUCCGAUGACGUUUUCGGCGAGUCUGGGGAUGACAGCAGCGACAACCUUUUCUACAGCACCUCGGGAGAAUCGGACUCAGAUCACUACACCGGGGAGACAGGCGAAGAGGACCAGACACACCAGCACAGGCGCAGCGAGAAGGACAAUGGACACAGCGGACACAGUGGCCCCCCGGGGUCUCUCUCCCACAGUCAGGCUGAGGAGGAGGGCUGGACCGAGUGCCUGCAGGACGUCACCGUGCCCCCGUACAAAGACACAUACGGUGAGACUCACGAUGAAUAA